AUCAAAUGCCGGAAUGGAACAUCAUCAUGUGCAAGAAACUAUUAUCUGCUGAUGUUGAUAGUGAAGAUAUAUCUUCAAUUCAAACAUGAUAUGUUUACAUGUCUGUUAAUGUCCGAUAGCAAUACUAAACAAUGCCAGUCUGCAGGGCAGUUCUUCCAUCCCCACAUCUCCAUCCCAGACAUUCAUGGUUCAUGGAUGCCAUCAAUGACGGAUCAGCACAGGGGUCGUCCUCGCUUCAGUUCCCGGUUUCGUCUCAAUUCAUCGCAUCUCCAACGCUGACGGCGAAUUUCUUUGGUGAAGUUUCUAUCUUGUGGAGCAGUCUUUUCUAUGCAUUCACAAUUGCUUUUGAUACUUGGCGUAUCUUAAAAGGCAGUUAGUACUGCUUAUGAUCAAGCAAUUUUCGACAAUCCAACGAUGGCGGAACCAAGAGACAACCUUCGACAACGACAGACAGGCGAAGCCAAGGAGAAGCUGUUCGAUAACAUCUUAAACUUUAGAGAUGUAGGGAAGACCAUCAAUGACUUUUUAGGAGAGAAGCGAGUUGCUGAAGGAAAGAUAUUUCGCAGCGCUCGACCUGAUGAUGCCACCAUGGCCGACAGACAGCGAUUAUGGGAAGAAUACGGCAUCAAGACAAUCAUGGAUUUGAGGACAGUCACCGAACACACCAACGCAGCCAAAAAGCGCACCGGAGACCUCACCAUCCCAGCCCUCGUCCAAUCCAACAGCGCCCUGGCCGAACCCAUCAAAAUCCCGGGCAUGAACUACCUAGAAAUAAACAUCAACGGCAAAGGUUUCGAACGCAGUCUCCUCUGGCAACUAAAAUGGUGGAGCUUCCUAAAACUCAUAACCCUAAUGCUCUUCGGCUACCGCAUGCAAGCCAUCUCCAUCCUAGGUCGAGAAGUAAUGCAACUGCGCGGCCUGAUAGGACUAGGCUACGACUCCCUGGACCACUGCGGACCCGAGAUCGCCGAGGCGCUGCGUGCGUUCUCGCGGUCUGGUAAUCUUCCUAUGUUGGCGCAUUGCACGCAGGGUAAGGAUCGGACUGGGCUUAUUAUUGCUUUGAUUUUGUUCUUGCUUCGUGUUCCUUCGGAUGCGAUCACGAAUGAUUAUGUGCUUAGUGAAUCGGAGUUAUUGCCUGAGCGUGCGGAGAGAAUGAAGGAGAUUUCUAGUAUUGGGUUGACGGAGGAUUUUGCGGGGUGUCCCGGCGAUUGGGUUGAGAAGAUGGAGGGGCAUUUGAAGGAGAAGUAUGGUGGUGUCGAAGGGUACUGUAAGCGAAUUGGAAUGGAGGAGGAAGAGUGGGAGACGUUGAGGGGUGUUCUAGGUUACUAAGUGUAUAGGAAUCUGAUGAAAAUGGGAGAUAGUAAAUGAUAGUUGAGAAACC